UCGUGUCUCUGCAAAAUUAGGGUUUUUGCCUCUCUCGCUUAUCGCCGCUAAUCUCUUACCUCCGGUUGCCGCGUCUCCGUCAGCCUCCUUCUACAGAAUGGAUUCUCAGAUUAAGCACGCAGUGGUGGUUAAGGUCAUGGGUAGGACUGGUUCAAGGGGUCAGGUCACUCAGGUUCGAGUGAAGUUUACCGACUCUGAUCGCUACAUCAUGAGGAAUGUUAAAGGACCGGUGAGGGAAGGUGAUAUCCUCACCUUGCUCGAGUCUGAGAGAGAAGCCAGAAGACUCCGUUGAUGCGUCUCUUCUUCCUACUCCACAAUGCGGAAACAAGAAAACAUUUGGUUAUUUCUCUUUUGCUUUCUUUGAUUGGAUUAGUGGAUUAUGCUUUUGAGUCUUAAUUUUGUUGUUGCUUUAAGACAAUUGCUGGAUUGAUAAGUAUGUUAUUGUUCUUUGGAAUUCGAAAUCUCUUAUCCCUUUCUAUAUUGUUCAUCAAGAAUUUGCUCUAUUCUCCAUCUUGUUCUACAUGAACCAAGAAUCACAACUUCCAAAUAAAGGGAAAUUGUUUCU